AUGGACUCCAUCACCUCUGUAGGACAACAGAACCAAACAAGUGUCACAGAGUUUAUCCUCAUAGGAUUCUCUAUUGACCCCCAAAACCAGAGUCUUCUCUUUGCCAUAGGCCUAUUAGUCUAUCUGUCAACAUUGGCAGGGAAUCUAGUCAUCAUUACAUUGAUCCAGGUAGACCAAUGCCUCCAAACUCCCAUGUACUUCCUCCUGGGCAACCUCUCUUUUAUUGAGAUCUGCUACAUUUCCACUACGGUCCCAAAAAUGUUGUGGGACCUCUUGUUGGUGGACAGAAGGAUCUCUUUCAUAGGAUGUGCGCUCCAGAUGUAUUUUUUUGUUGCUUUAGGUGGCACUGAGUGUGUGCUUCUCUUAGCUAUGGCAUAUGACCGCUUUGCAGCUAUCUGCUACCCUCUUCGCUAUACCCUGCUCAUGAGCCAAAAAAUAUGUAGGGGUCUCCUAGUCACUUCCUGGGCUAUUGGAAGUAUCAAUUCUUCUAUCCAUACAGCACUAGUCUUUUCCAUAAAUUUCUGCCAUUCCAACAACAUUGACCAUUUCUUCUGUGACAUUCCACCCCUUCUGCGUCUCUCUUGCUCUGACACAUUGGUUCUCCAGAUAGUGACUUACACCAUUUCUGUGUGCGUUAUCAUUGUGCCAUUCUGCCUGACCCUUCUCUCCUAUAUCCUCAUUGUAUUCUCAGUUCUCAAAAUCCGUACAACUCGUGGUAGGAUUAAGGCAUUCUCCACUUGUGCUUCCCACCUUACUGUGGUGAGCAUCUUCUAUGGCACCAUUAUCUACACCUACAUACGGCCUUUUCACAAUCAUUCCAUGGAACAGGAACGCCUGGUUUCUGUGCUGUAUGCCAUGAUUUCUCCACUGCUCAACCCCCUGAUCUACAGCUUGAGGAACAAAGAAGUACAGGGGGCACUUUGGAGAGCCCUUGGUAAAAGCAGAUCAUAG